ACAAAACAUAUUGAUCCUAAAUGUAAAAUUUGUGUAAAAAACAACAAAAGAAGUAGUCUACAUACUUUAACCCAUUCAGUCCCGUUGACGCCAAAUGGCAUCAAAGAGUUUUUGGCUCAUCUCCCCAAUAACGUCAAAUGACGUCUCAUGCCUUUUUGCACAUUUCCCCACGGACGUCAUUUGACGGUUUGACUUCUUGUUGCUCAUUGGCUCAUUUAAACUACUUGGAUUGUUCAGUAACAUAAAGAAAACAAUAGAGAAAUAAAUUUACUUUGUUUUUAUGCAAAAAUAUGGGUUUGGUCCCGUAGUGAAAUCGUGAGAAAAACCGUUACGAAUUUCAGUCGUUUAACUUUGUCAACAAUGGAUAGCCUAGUUCGCGACAUCUUUGGAAGCAGUGACGAAGAGGAGGAUUUUUUUGGAUUUGCUGAUGAAGAGCUUGGGGAACUUUCUGACAUCGAUGUUUCUCAAAUAUCAGAGAAUAGUUCGUCGGAAUCAGACGAUGAUGAAAGAGCAAGGAACGGACAUUUUUCCAGUGACCUUUCGAAGGUUGUCAUAAGAAGCUUUUGCGGGAAGGAACCUGUAGGCCCAACAAAUGUUCUUGGCCGUGAAAAAACAGAAAUAGAUUUUUUAAAUCUGUUUUUUCCUAUGCAGAUUUUUGAAAUUCUUGCCACACAAACAAAUUUGAAAUUCUUGCCACACAAACAAAUCUAUACGCAAGACAGAAGAAUUCCCUGCAACCAGACCCGCUUUGGACAGAAACAAAUUCGGCUGAACUAAAAACCUACUUCGGCAUGCGUUUGUUCAUGGCCAUCAUCAACAUGCCAGAAAUGAAGAUGUACUGGUCCGAAGAUGCCGUUUUUGGAGGAUCUUUCUUAAAAAAAAUAAUGGCAAGGAACAGGUUCGACAAAAUAACACAGUACCUGCAUGCAAAUGAUAGAACAAAGAUGCCAGGUAAAGAAGACGAGAACUAUGACAAACUCUAUCUGGUUAGGCCUAUUUUGGAAAUUGUGAGGGGCAACUGUUUAAAAAACUACAACCCGCACAUGGAAUGUGCUGUCGAUGAAGCCAUGGUUGCAUUCAGAGGAAGGCUUGAUUUCCGACAGUAUUUGCUGUCAAAACCGACCAAAUAUGGGAUCAAAAUUUGGAUGCGGGCAGAUUCCCACAACGGCUAUUGUAACGAUUUUAGCGUUUACUUGGGGAAGCCUAAAGAUGGUACUCGUCAGGUAGGCCUUGGUAGAAAGGUAGUUGAAGACCUAACAGAGCCACUGUAUGGUACGAACAGUCACAUCUACUGCGAUAAUUACUUCUGCAGUCCUGCACUUUGCAAGUCUUUGCUUGAGAAAGGCUUGUAUUGCUGCGGAACUGUCAGAUCAAAUGUAAAGGGGCUCCCUUUCGAUCUUGACUCGAAGAAAAAGGUGAACAACCUCAUAAAGGAUGGCGGAGAUUCCAAGCAAUUCCAAAAUGAUGGGAUUCUUGUUUCUGCUUGGCGCGAGAAGAAGGGGCGCAAGCCAGUUCUGGUUGUAUCAACAAAUACCGAUUCAAGCGAAGGCCCAACUACUAUCAAUCGGCGUCAAAAAGAUGGGACCAUGAAGGAAGUUCCUUGCGUUUGGCCAAUUGUCAAAUACAACAACUUCAUGAAUGCCGUUGACCACAGCGAUCAGCUUCGCACACUAUAUCCUACAGCCCGCUCAACGAAGCGCUGGUGGCUUUAUAUUAUGUGGUUUCUGUAUGAUAUUAGCCUGGCAAAUGCUUUCAUUUGUUUUAAGGAAUCAGAAAACCACAAAAAGAUCAACUCAAGAGGCAUUGCCGUAGCCCCAAGUGUCUUGUCAUUCAAGAAGGCAAUUGCAAAGUACCUCCUUGAAGGCCAAAACUAUCGCAAGCGAAAGGCCUCCAAGGGAGGACUUUCUGAUCAUGGACACUUGCCAAAAAAAGUGAAGACUGCCAGAAGAUGCAAAAACUGCAUUGCUGAGAAGAAACGGGCUGAAUCAAGGAUCGUUUGCGACGGGUGCAGCAACGAUGAUUCUGUCCAUCUUUGCAUUGACUGUUUUAGGCCUUUCCACGAAAAGAACAAUUAAUUUUUUGACCUUUUUAACAAUUUUCUAACCACCAUAGUGUUUUACUUAAGUAAUUUAACUCUUUUGCAUUGUUUCUUCUCUUGUAUGUUUUUUAAAAGACCCAAUGGUUUUUGAAAUACAUGCAUUUUUCUCAAGUUACCUCAGUUUUUAAAUUUUUUGCCAUAUUGUCUGGGGAGAAGAGCCAAAAUCACGAAAAUGAGGCUAGGGGUAAGUGCAUGAGAAAGCAAAAAUGUCUGGGACUGAAUGGGCUAAACAUGUCAUACUCCUACAUACAUACUCCAGUGAUGAGGGUGCUUAGUCCAAAGAUUCAACAAGUAAGAUUAAUUUUCUGAGAAAAAUUGGUCUAGGAUCAUCACAUUCAACUUGAUUGACACAAUGUGGCCCAAAGUGAGAUGUCAGGUUGUUUGGUUUGAAAAAUGAUAUGUUUCUGGUAACACAUGAAAUCAAAACAAUCCAUAAUUAUUCAUAUGGCUGUGCAUACCUCUUCGAAGAACCCUCAGUGGUUUCCCCUUAUGGUCCAAGUAUCUGAAACUACCAUCGCUCCAAAAAUUUACUAGAAAGAUGAAAC